CGAGUCCGAAUUGGUUCCUCGCGGAGCUGAGACUGCUGGGCUAUGGAGGCUGUGGCUCUGGCCGCGGCGCUGGGCUUCCUCCUCUUGGCCUCGGCUGGGGGCACGGCUCGGGAUGAGGCCCGCGAGGCGGCGGCCGUGCGGGCACUGCUGGCUCGGCUGCUGGGGCCCGGACCGGCGACCGGCUUCUCGGUGUCGGUGGAGCGCGCCCUGGCAGCCGAGUCCGGCCUAGACACCUACCGCCUGAGCGGCGGCGGCGCUGGAACCCGAGUGCGGGUGCUGGGCUCCACCGGCGUGGCCGCCGCCGCAGGGCUGCACCGCUACCUGCGCGACUUCUGCGGCUGCCACGUGGCCUGGUCGGGCUCCCAGCUGCGCCUGCCGCAGCCGCUGCCUGCAGUAACGGAGGAGCUGACCGAGGCCACGCCCAACAGGUACCGUUAUUAUCAGAACGUGUGCACACAAAGCUACUCCUUCGUGUGGUGGGACUGGGCCCGCUGGGAGCAGGAGAUCGACUGGAUGGCACUGAACGGCAUCAACCUGGCGCUGGCCUGGAGCGGCCAAGAGGCCAUCUGGCAGCGGGUGUACCUGAACUUGGGCCUGACCCAGUCAGAGAUUGAUGAGUAUUUCACUGGUCCUGCUUUCCUGGCCUGGGGGCGCAUGGGCAACCUGCACACCUGGGGUGGUCCCCUGCCCCGCUCCUGGCAUCUCAAGCAACUUUACCUGCAGCAUCGGAUCCUGGACCGGAUGCGCUCCUUCGGCAUGAUCCCAGUGUUGCCUGCAUUUGCAGGGCAUGUCCCCAAGGCUAUCACCAGGGUGUUCCCUCGGGUCAAUAUCACGCAGAUGGACAGCUGGGGACACUUCAACUGCUCCUACUCCUGCUCCUUCCUCCUGGCUCCAGAAGACCCCUUAUUCCCCAUUAUGGGGAGCCUCUUCCUGCGGGAGCUGACUAAAGAGUUUGGCACGGAUCACAUCUACGGGGCUGACACUUUCAAUGAGAUGCAGCCCCCAUCCUCAGAACCUUCCUACCUUGCUGCAGCCACUGCGGCUGUCUACCAGGCCAUGAUCACAGUGGACCCUGAUGCCGUGUGGCUGCUCCAAGGCUGGCUCUUCCAGCACCAGCCACAGUUCUGGGGGCCCGCCCAGGUGGAGGCUGUGCUGGGAGCAGUACCCCUUGGCCGCCUCCUGGUUCUGGACCUGUUUGCUGAGAGCCAGCCUGUGUACAUCCGCACAGCCUCCUUCCAGGGCCAGCCCUUCAUCUGGUGCAUGCUGCAUAACUUUGGGGGUAACCAUGGCCUGUUCGGGGCACUGGAAGCAGUGAACCAAGGCCCCACGGCUGCCCGCCUCUUCCCCAACUCCACCAUGGUAGGCACAGGCAUGGCACCUGAGGGCAUUGGCCAGAACGAAGUGGUCUAUGCCCUCAUGGCUGAGCUAGGCUGGAGGAAGGACCCAGUGGCAGAUUUAGGCACCUGGGUGACCAACUUUGCAGCCCAGCGAUAUGGGGUCUCCCACAGAGACUCAGAGGCAGCAUGGAGGCUGCUUCUCAGGAGUGUCUACAACUGCUCCAGCCAGGCCUGCAGUGGGCACAAUCGCAGCCCGCUGGUUAGGCGGCCAUCCUUACACAUGAUUACCACUGUCUGGUACAACCGGUCAGAUGUAUUUGAAGCCUGGAGGCUGCUGCUAAUAGCUGCUCCCACCCUGGCCGGCAGCCCGGCCUUCCGCUACGACCUGCUGGAUCUCACUCGCCAGGCGGCCCAGGAGCUGGUCAGCCUGUACUAUGAGGAAGCAAGGACUGCCUACCUGAAAAAGGAGCUGGUUCCCUUGUUGAGGGCGGCAGGCAUCCUGGCCUACGAUCUUCUGCCCACACUGGACAACGUGCUCUCUAGUGACAGCCGCUUCCUUCUGGGCAGCUGGCUGGAGCAGGCCCGGGCAGCAGCUGUCAGUGAGGCUGAGGCCCAUUUCUAUGAGCAGAAUAGCCGCUACCAGCUGACCCUGUGGGGGCCAGAAGGCAACAUCCUAGACUACGCCAACAAACAGCUGGCAGGACUGGUGGCCGACUACUACACUCCCCGCUGGCAGCUCUUUGCGAAGAUGCUGGUUGAGAGCUUGGUCCAAGGCAUCCCCUUCCAGCAGCACCAGUUUGAGCAGAAUGCCUUCCAGGUGGAGCAGACCUUCGUCCACAGCACGCGGAGGUAUCCUAGCCAGCCCCAAGGUGACACGGUGGACCUGGCCAAGAAGCUCUUCCUCAAGUAUUACCCCCGGUGGGUGGCUGGCGCCUUGUGACAGAUGAAGCAGUCCUGGGCCAUGUUCUCCCCAAGCUCCAGGCCUAGGCAGGUUCCCAGAGCCGGCAGCUAGACAAGUGACACAGGAGGGCCUCAGGCCUGGAAGAAGGAAUUCAAGACCUGCCAGUGGGAUCAGGCAUGGGAGGUUUGGAGGGAGGUGAGCUGCCUUCCUCCACCAUCCCAAAUUUGGGAUCAAAGUACUGUUUUAAUACAACAUAAUAAACUCAUGUGUCACCUGGG